AUGAGCUCAAAUGCUCCAAUGUGUCCGCGAGAUUUGUCUCGGAUUAUCUUUGGCAAUGUGACUAAUUGUGGCUAUAAAAUUCAAUAGCAUUCGUGUCUAUAGGCAUUUGUCGUGUUCAGGUUUUCGUUGAAGACGACGCUGCAUUCGAAGAGCGGAAAUUGAAUCUCCCGAGGAAUGACAGUGGGGAAAAAGCGGCCGAUCCACAUCUUGGCUUCUCCGUGUACUUGGGCAGCAUGGAGUUGGCGUACGUAUGCGAUUGGGAGAGGUGCCCCAAAAACACCCACUGCCCCUCCAACCCCCUGGUCUGCUCCUGGUCCUGUAGAAACCUGGUGGCCUUCACCACUGACCUGAAAGACGACGGGGACAGUGGCGAGCCAGAUGUCAGCCAGAUGAUCCACAUCAUGGACACUGAGCAUCCCUGGGAUGUGUACUCCAUCAGCUCGGGCCACGCUGAGGUCAUUUCCUGCCUGGAGUGGGACCAGUCAGGCUCCAGACUGCUGUCAGCGGACAGCGACGGGCACAUCAAGUGCUGGUCCAUGUCGGAGCACCUGGUCAACAGUUGGCACAGUGUUUUGAGCAGUUCUGUUGAGGGAGAUCCAAUCGUGGCGCUGAGUUGGCUGCACAACGGUGUCAAAUUAGCCCUGCACGUGGAGAUGUCGGGUUCCACAAACUUUGGUGAAAAGUUCUCCCGGGUCAAGUUCUCGCCAUCCUUGACCCUGUUUGGCGGGAAGCCAAUGGAGGGUUGGCUGGCGGUGACGGUCAGCGGCCUGGUCACCGUGUCACUGCUCAAACCCGGCGGCGCCCUGCUGACGGCCAGCGAGUGUCUGUGUCGCCUGCGAGGACGCGUGGCACUGGCUGACAUUGCCUUCACGGGAGGCGGCAACAUCGUGGUGGCCGCCACCGAUGGCAGCAGUUCUUCGCCCGUCCAGUUUUACAAGGUUGUGGUGAGUGUGGUGAGCGAGAAGUGCCGCAUCGACACCGAGCUUCUGCCCUCCUUGUUCCUGCGCUGCAUGACAGACCCGCUGAGGCGGGACAAGUACCCCGCCGUCACGCACCUCAAGUUCCUGACCAGAGAGAACUCUGAGCAGGUUCUGCUGUGCGCGUCCAACCAGAGCGGCAGCAUAGUGGAGUGCUGGUCGCUGAGGAAGGAGGGGCUCCCCGUCAACAACAUCUUCCAGCAUCGAUCGCCCGUUGUGGGUGAGAAGCAACCCACUAUCCUCAAGUGGAGGAUCCUGACCACCACCAACGACCUGGAGAGAGUGUCGGCCGUCGCCCUUCCCAAACUGCCCGUUUCUAUCUCCAACACUGACCUGAAGGUAGCGUCGGACACCAAGUUCUGCCCCGGACUGGGUCUGGCUCUGGCCUUCCACGACGGCACCAUCCAGAUCCUGCACCGCCUGUCCCUCCACACAAUGGGCGUCUUCUAUGGCGUCGUGGCUGGCUGCGGCGGACCAGGGCAGCGGCCGGGAGACGAGUCGGCCGUCAAACGGCAAAGAACUGGGGCGCCCGGCCUCCAUUUCAAGGCCUUGCAGUUUUCCUGGACCUCGCUGGCCCUGGCCGGAGUCGAUAAUCAUGGCAAGCUGCACAUGCUGAGAGUGUCGCCAUCGAUGGGUCAAGUGCUGGAGAUGAACACCACGCUGCGCCAUCUGCUGUUCCUGCUGGAGUACUGCAUGGUGACAGGCUAUGACUGGUGGGACGUCCUCCUACACGUGCAGCCUGGCAUGGUCCACAACCUGGUGGACAAGCUCCAUGAGGAGUACAUGAGGCAAAACCAGGCCCUGCAGCAGGUCCUGGCCACGCGCAUCGUAGCGGUCAAGGCGUCACUGUGCAAGCUGUCGACGGCCACGGCGGCGCGAGCCUGUGACUUCCACGCCAAGCUGCUGCUCAUCGCCAUCAGCUCCACCCUUAAGUCUCUGCUCAGACCGCACGUCCUCAACACCCCCGACAAGAGUCCAGGAGAGCGCCUGAGCGAGAUCUGCGCCAAGAACUUGGACUCGGACAUCGACAAGGUGAUGAUCAACCUGAAGACGGAGGAGUUUGUGCUGGACGGUGCCCCACUGCAGUCCCUGCAGCAGCUCAUCCAGUGGGUGGGGGACUUUGUCCUCUACCUGCUGGCCAAUCUCCCCAACCAGGUGAGCCGGGGCGGGGGUGAGUGCUUGGGGGUUCAACCCAAUCUGUUUCCUGUUCAGGGUUCGCUGGUGCGGCCUGGCUUCGGUUUCAUGCGCGAUGGAGCCUCUCUGGGAAUGCUGCGGGAAAUGUUGGUGAUGAUCCGAAUCUGGGGUCUGCUGAAGCCUGGCUGCCUCCCCACCUUCACAGCCACGUCGGACAGCCAGGACAGUUUGCAACUGCUCUUCCGCUUGCUCACCAAGCUGUGGCUGUGCUGCCGAGACGACGCCCCCCCGCAGGAGCCCGACGAGAGCCUGAUCGACGAGUGCUGCCUGCUCCCUAGUCAGCUUCUGGUGCCCGGCAUGGAUUGGCUGCCUGUCAACGACGGCGUCACCGUCCGUCUGCAGGGCAAGCAGCCCGUCAGGCUUCACUUUGGAAAAGCCGCCUUGCUCGCCCCCUCAGAUGCCCUUGGCAGGAGCGCCGGCUGCCAGAGGACAGACAACCUCCGCUGUGUCCACAUGGGCCUUUGUCCCACGGAGGAGAGCAAGGCAUGCACCAGGUGCGGCUGUGUGACCAUGCUUCGGUCGCCCAACAACAGCAACGCCAUGAAGCAGUGGGAGCAGCGAUGGAUCAAGAACUGCUUGUGCGGAGGUUUGUGGCGCCGUGUCCCGCCCACGCUCGCCUGAAAGCUUGCACCUAUGUCUCCCUGAAACUCCUAUUAAAAGAUGACCCAUUUCCUCACUUUGAA